UUUUUUGAAUUUUCUCAAGGUCGUGCUACGUGUAGCGGCCUUGAAGAUGAGGUACGCUAUUCUUGCAUCAGCAAGUUUGAUUGUUUCAUCCAUCGUCGUAACGAACACUUAUUACCGCAAAAAACAGUUUUACCCUACUGUUGUGUACUUAACCAAUAAUCAGCCAUCCCUUUCUAUCCUCCUCUUUCAAUGUGUUGUUAUACUCUUCUUGGUCGUAAAAGCACUCACAUAUGCUUUCUUCGGUCGACUUCAAAGAGCAGAAGUAGAUAAUCUUGUUUCACAGUCAUGGUAUGCUUUCUUCGACAUGUGCUUGGUUUUUGCCUUCUUCCAGAACGAAUUGGGAGUCGAAUUUCUAUUCUUGUUCGCUAUACUUUUAUUUGUCAGAGCGUUUCACUGGCUUAUUGAAGAAAGGGUCGAUUAUAUGGAAAGAUCGCCUGUCAUUAGUGUUGUGUUUCAUCUUCGAACAAUGAUGCUUAUUACUCUUCUAACUCUGGUGGACGUAUAUUUCAUCAAAACAGCAUACUGGAAGCCAGCUACACACGGAAUAUCCGUACAUUUGGCUUUGGGGAUAGAGUAUUUCAUUUUAAUAUUGAGUCUUCUAUCGACUACUGUACGUUAUAUUUUACAUUCGAUUGACUCUAUGCGAGAACAUUCCUGGAAUAAGAAAGCUACGUAUCUCUUAUAUGUGGAUAUUCUCAUUGGAUUUAUUCGUUUGGCUGUGUACGUUGAGUUUACGUUCAUCAUGUGGUCACUGCAUCCGUUUCCUUUAUUUAUCGCGCGACCUAUCUAUCUUAGCAUCAGAUCACUAAAAAAGGCGAUUCGAGAUAUGUUGAUGUCACGUCGUGCCAUUCGAUACAUGAACACAGUUUUCCGCGAUGCCACUCCAGAUGAUUUGGCUUCCUCCUCAGAUACUGUUUGCAUAAUCUGUCGUGAAGAAAUGAAUCUUCAGACAGAUAAUAUACCAUCGGUUGGGACUUCAGCUCUUAAAAGGUUACCUUGUUCUCACAUUUUCCAUUUUGGUUGUCUACGUUCGUGGUUUCAACGUCAACAGACUUGUCCAACCUGUCGAAUGGAUGUCAUACGUGAAGCUAGAGUGCAAGAAAGACAGCGACAACAACCUCAUCGUUCAGCAACUACCAGUAAUACACAACCAGAAAGCUCAACAACUUCUGGUCCAUCUAAUUCAACUGCGACACCAUCUAUUGCAGCUAAUAAUCAAAACUUAUCAGUGCCAUGGAUGCCUCCUGCCAAUGCAUUCCCGUUUUAUCCACCAUUUAUUCCUCCUACUAAUAAUUCAACAACUACACAAGCUCAGACAGUCUUUCCGUCUGUGCCUCCGUUAUACGUACCACCCGUUAUGGGGAUGCCUAUAAUAUACCCUGGUAACUUGUUCACUAGUGGAAAUACUCCUAUGCCAGAACCGCCCUCUGGACCACCUGAAUCAACUGAUGAAGCUCGUCUUCGUGCCAGUGCUGAAGCCCGUUUCACCGCUUUACGUCAAAUAAAUGUACUGUUGAAUGCAGCUGUCCUGCAAAUGAAUGCUUACCUCAAUGCGGCUAGCGCUCCUCCAAGUGAAUUAGAACCUAUUACUUCUAUUAACACUGUCCUCAACACCGACGAUGUGGGAUCAAAUAAUGAAGGAAAGGGAGCCUCAAGUAGUGAUGUAAAUUCUCAGUAAGCAGUUUUUUGAUUCACCUUAAUUAUUUCCGUUUGUAUGAUUACUAUAUCUCCCGAUUACCAAAGCCGUCUGACUUGGUCCCAACACAUUUUCAUGUACUGAAGCAAUUUUCAAAGUGAAUCUAUGUUUACUUUUUUGUAUAGUCCUGUUGAACUAGUUUUUGAAUAGACUUCUAAAAUAUUUUCAUUCUGUUUUAUUAUAGGCUACGACUGAUACAGAUAUUGUUCACUGAAAAUUAAGUCACUCUUUCUUUUUCUAUGCUCUGUAUGUAAAAUUCAGUCUAUGUAUUAUUAGGUGGUUUCAUUUCUAGUUGGUCCCAUCCGUGUGUCUUCCUGAAUUUGAAUAACUAACAGUGCUAGAUAUUCAGUCCUCCUUAGUGAUUUGUUCAACUUGAAGCAUUUCGCUCCGUUAAUUGACGUGGAAACUGAUGGUUUCAUCUCACAUUAGAAACUGUUUUGCCAGUUAUUCAAUACAUUAUGUUUUUUUCGAAAAUCCCUAGUGAUAUUCUGGUUAUUUGUUGAUUGACAGUAUAUUAUUUGCUCUUGUUACACAAGUUCUUAGAAGUUGUUCGUUUGCCGUGAAAAACUGUCAAAACCGUCAGUCAUUAUGUUGUGAGAUGAAAGUACCCAUAUUGGGGUGGUUGGUCAUGUAACCGCUUUUGUAUAAUCUUCUCACUUCUAGCCGGUAACCCUAAUACAAGAAGUAUUUUCGACAGGAACUUUGAAAGAUUUAAAUGUUUCAUAAACCCAAUGGAUCCUGGGGACAUGGUCGAGAAAUCGUAUCACGGACUACAAUGGAGGACGAACGGAAAGGACUUAAUCUCUUCCUCAGUCCUAGUUAAUCCUCACAGAAAUCCAACUCGUGGUGAGAUUUGUUUGGUUUUCCAAAGGUCAUUCAAGUAAACAGCUAUAACGCUGUUAUAAUCUCUUUUAUUGCGACCCAGCUACUCCUAUUGUUUAGCACUCGGACACGUUACUCCACUCGACUAGUCCUCAAAUCAGAACACGGUCGAACAGGAACGUAAUUAUAUCUUAAAUAAACAAGAUUGAAUGGGAUUAAGAAUCACGAUAAGCAAAACGUUCGUAUAUUCAUAGUUUUACGCAAGAAGAUUCUAGAGUCUUCAAGUAUGAGUAUCCGCUAAUUGGCUGGGAAGUGGUGAACCAGCUUUGUCCAACACAAUCCUACAUGUAACAUGCUUUAGUCCAAUCUCUAUCCGGCUAAUAAACAGCUUUGUUUAUGGUGUGGAAACAUUGCUAAUUAAAUGUUUGCAAACCAGUAAGGAAAAAGUGUAUUUGAUAGUAGCAAGAAUGUACAGCACAUAACGUGGAUAUUUUUUGGUGAAAAGGUGAUACUAAUUCAAAAUUGUAGAAAUUAAACUACACGCUAGUAACUUUAAGAUUGUUUUGGGAUCUGAACACUCGAUAACCAAAGUUUGCAAAAUGCUACCCAUUUGUGGACUACACUAACUUUUAAAAUGUAUUGUUGAAUAUACUUAUUGAUGUACUAUUCUGGUGUUCUAUUUAUAUGUUGAGUCAUGACUGAUUGCAUGUUCAGUCCACGAACAUGUGAUGUGGUGACUGUACCAUGGAAAUUAUGUUCACUUCCCUUAUGUGGGUCAGGUGUUAAUGCUAAGUUAGAGGGAGUAUGUAGUUGCCUGGUGCUAGGAACAGCUGGGUAAAUACUAAAAUUCCCCUAAGUGGGCUUCUCUGUUAUGGUCAUUUUUUCUUCAGUUUUGUCAUCAAUGAUUUCCUCAGGGUAGUGCACGGUUUUGAUGUAAACCUGUUAUUCAAAAGAAGAUUUUGACUUUGCUCAUGAUAAUAAUAUCGCCUUACUCUCCAAUGAUAAGCAAAUUACUCAAAUCUAAAUUGAUGAAUGGCAUUGUAAUUUGCAUCUUCACAGUGUAACACCCCUGUAGUGUUGGUUAUAUCCUUUUAUUGAAGUCUAGAAGGGUGAAGAAAUAUGUAUGUCUGGUGUUUGUGUGAGUUCUGGUGGUUAUUUAAUAUAUAUAUAUUUUUCUCCAGUCUAUGACAACCUUGACUUAUUGCUUUGUUAGUUUGUAUAUACAUGAUGGAGUGCACAAUACUUCAAUGCAAACAGUUUUCAUGUUUUCUCAUUCUUGCAUGUCAUGUCCCGAAAGUCAUACAUUUCGUUUAAUUAGAACAUAUUUUAUGAAAUUUGAACUUUUAAUCAUGAGAGUUACCCAAUCACGAUGGUUUUCUGGUCACGCAACCUAAGCGGUUACCUACCUUUUUUCUAAAGUUAGCUCACGUGAGUUGGUUCAGCUCUUUAUUUACAUAUUCCGUGAUGAAUACAUAUUAGAGAUAAUAAACUGUCUUAAUUGAUUAGUUUCAAUUUGGAGCCUAAUUUUUGUGAACUUUAAUGUAAAUAUCUGAUUACUGGAUUUUGUUGUAAGAAAUUACGUGAUUUGUUAAUACCGUUGGAAAUAUUCAGUGAUAUAUUCGUAUUUUUAUGGAUAUUUAUUAAAUAUUACUUUAUUUUAGUUAUUUUUUGUUGAGUUCCAUGGAAACCCAAGUACAUGUGUGUUCUGUAGCAUUCACCUUAAGAUCAUCCCAGUAAACUUAUUUGGUUUUUAUUUUGUGACGAAUAAUAUUUAUACAUAUUAGUUCCCAUGAUGUUUCCGAUUUAAUACCAGGUGGCUCAGUGGUCAUUUAAAAUCAUCAUUAUGUCGGUUGUUUCUAAUAUCUGAACCACAUGUGUCUACCUAUCAUCUGACUAGUCAGUAGACAGAUUAUUUUCAAAUAAGUUCUGUAUUUCGUCUCAUGGUCCGAGGUUUUCUUAUAGUUUAAUUCUUACACUAGAGACUGUCUAGAUACAAAAUCAAUCUGCUCACAUGAGGCGAAGAUUCUGGUUCAAAAAACGAAAUCUCUGAGGUGUCAAUAACAACUGUCAGUGUUAGUUCCUCAUUGUAGCUGCCAUUUAGUUGGUGAUCUAAUAUUUCUGGUUCUCACUAUUUUAUGAUAGCAAAUCUACAUGAUUGCUAUUUAUGUGUUUUUCAACCAACAUUUCAUUCUAUUUCAGGUCAGACUCGGAUGGUAAGAGUCCCCUUGCAUCAGGUAAGUAAACUUCUUAUUCUAGUUUUGAUUUUUUCAAUGGAACAGCCUUGGCAUCUUGAUAUUCAAGCUAUGGAAGAGAAAUUUGUUCUCGUUCCUUUCCAUUCCUCAGAUGCCUUCAUGAUGAUUAAAUAUGUAGUUGAGUUAAAACUAUUUACUUGUUCUUCUUACAUAUGAUGAAUGGAAAAUGAUAUGUUUCAGUUCUAAAAAAACUUUCCCGGAAAAAUGUUUUACGAAGUUAUCUUAGAAAACAACAAGAAAGUAAACAGCUUUCACAAUGAAUGACUGAAACUGUGAAUGUAACACUAAGGCAUAAACCACCAGGACUGAUUAGUCUUUAGGAUUGGAUAACCUCUUCGUUAAAACAUAAAGAGAAUAGUUACAAAUUAAUUUACCGCUUAGUUAAAACUGAAAAAUAAUUCAUACGAAAACGUCAAUUAGGUUUCAAUCAUAGUUAAGAUUAUGUAAAAUGAGUUUUAUAUCUUCCUCUCAAUUUCAGACAUGAAGAAAUAGAGGGGAAUUAUUGUUCAAUGUUUCCUCAAGAAUAAGCCUCUAAAUGUGAAUUUCGUAAUCUCGAAAUUGAGUCUCUAUGUCUUUUUUAAGAAUAAUGAAAAACUGUUCAUUGGAAAUCUAAUCUAAAUAAAUUCCGUUAUGGUUUCUGGGAGAUAUUUCUGUUUCUAGUAGGAAUAUAAAGGCAUCGAUUUGCUUCAUUUGAACAAUCAUCAGGAAAAAACUACAGUCACACAAUCUACUACUUUAUUUUUCAAAAUGACUGUAAGGUAUGGAAUUUAAAAGUAGAUGACGAGAAUGAGUACAGAUAUUUUAUCACCGGUAUUCUCCUAUCAGAAUCUUGAAUUGGAACUAUUAGGGUGUUAACGAGCUUGGGUUAACUAGAGUAGCAAUGAUGUGUUAGAUUUUGGGGGUAAGUUCUCUAAUCUUGUGUUUUAUGUUGAUCGUGGUAGUUUUGUUAUUGGAAAUAUUUCUUUAUUUUAACUGCAUAGAUAAAAACGGAUCUCGAAUUCAUCUGGAAAAUAACGGCUUUUAAUGACAAAGAACAUGAAUUUUCGAUUAGCUCUUCUGAUAACCAAAUCUGAGGUUUUUGCUGAACGAUUUAUCUAUCUUUAAAGUAUCGGUACUUGCAUGGUUUGGUUCUAUAAAUUUCAGUUUGUAUUUACUAUAUGGUCAAAGAUUGAACUCAGGAGUUCCAAAUUUCCGCCAUUAUAUUUAACAAUUUAAGUUUCUCUCACGUUCAUUGAAGGACAUUGUGGUACAUCAUAAGUCAUUGGCGUUACAUUAAAACAUGAUAAACCAACUGGACCAAUAUUUUAUUUCACCUGCAUUUCAUCCUUUUUUCCUCUUAAUUUGUAUUUUUGUAUCUAGAAGACUCGGAAUUUACGGAGGUUCGUAAACGUAGACUAGAACACUUUGAAUGCUCGUCUGGAGAAAUCACAUCAAAGUCUAACUCUGAACUUAAUGAUGUGUCCAAUUGAUCUUGUGACAUUUAUAUAUACCUAACUUUGGUAUUACUAAGUUUAUUCUGAGAUUAGUUUGUGUAAGUUGAAUUCUGUGUGGCCAUGUAUUCUUUCAGAAUUCUUAAAUAAAACGAAUGGCUUUCUAUAUAUUUCAGAAUUUAAAUUAUAUUUGAUGUAAUAUUGU